AUGUUGAAUACAAUUCUCAUCGCUGCUAUCUUCCUCGUUGGAUUUCUCGAAUUUUUGAAAACUAAAGAUUUACUUGACGCUCUUCCGAAUCUUAUCUUUUCAUACAACAGCAUAACAACUAAUAAAAGGCAUCCGGUUUUCGAGAAAAAUAUUACUCAAUGUGCUCGAAUUCCUCCGCGUCUCUUUACCCCAGAAUCUGUCCACGAUUUACGUCCGGACGAUAUAAAAUAUAUUAUGGCUUUAGGUGAUAGUAUAACAGCUGGAUUCGUUGCAAAAGGGCAUUAUAAUGGUUGCCCAUUAACGUUGCAUAAUUUAAAUGAGAAUCGCGGUAUUAGUUUUGCGGCUGGAGGAGAUGAAGACGCGGAAACGAUACCAAAUUUUAUUAAAUUUUAUCGUAGUGAUGAUGUUGUUGGUGCUUCUGUUGGCAAAUUAUGCUUUAUAAAUCAAUACAAACCUGAAGUGGAUCAUUUAAAUGCAGCACAAUCAGCAGCGCAGACAACAAAUCUUUUACAUGAAGUUCAUUAUCUUUUAGAACAGCUGGAAAAAAUACCAGCUGACUUUACUAAAAGCUUUAAGUUCAUGAAUAUAUUCAUUGGAUCCAACGACAUUUGCAAUGUUUGCACUAUUGAAAAAGUUUCACCGCGUGAAUUUGAAAAAAAUAUCCGUGCAACACUGAAAAUCAUCGAGCAAAAUAUUCCAAAUACUAUUGUCAACAUAAUGGGACUUUUUAAUGUCUCACAAGUGUACGCGUUCGCUAAAGGGAAAAGUCACUGUCGAUGGUUGUAUGUGUUGCCGCAGAUUCAGUUUGGUUGUGCGUGUGCUUUUUUACCUGGACGCAUUGGAGAUUUUAAUCGCGCAAGAAUGGAUGAAAUCACUAUGCAAUAUAAUCAAGUCAUCAAACGAAUAAUAAAUGAUUAUGCUUCACGUCCACCAAACCCUUCUUUUGGUCUUAUUUAUCAAGAAUUCAAUCUUGACUUGAUGACUUUUCCUAUAGAAGCAGUUAGUAAUGUUGAUUGUUUUCAUCCAAGCCUGAUUUCACAUCAAUAUAUUGCCAAAGUCAUUUGGAAUAAUUUACCAGUCUCGCAAUUGUCACGCCAAUCUGAUAUUGUUUGGGAUCCUGAGCUUGGUGUACGUUGCCUUGUGGCAGAAGAUCGCAUCC